AUCGUGCGAAAACGUGAACCCUCGACUCGGAUGUUCAAGUCUUAAAAGAACUUCGUUUGAGGGAUGAGCGAUCUUCGACGUCGAAGGAAACUAUUGCGAACGAAUCUUCGAUUCCUGAGAAUUUUUAUGAUCGCACGUUCAAUUCAUUGGUGAAGGCAAACGUCAUUGAAGAUCGUGAUUCAAGAUAACGUACUAUUCCAUCGAAGUUUCAGAAGUUUCGAUCAUCACGACUAAAUGGCUUCAUAUGGUGAAGCUGCCGAAGCGUAACAUCCAGACAGGAUUGUUUUACACAAACAAGAGCUCCACUUUGCGAACUCCGCAUAUCAACGUCUAUCAAAUUCUCGUGCAAUAAAAGUGGCAACGAUGAGUAUCAGCGAUCGAGGUUAUGAAGAGUUCAAACGGCAGGAAUCGGAAAUAAUGACAGAACCAACUCGAGUCGGCGAAAUAAACAGAUCGAUACGACUAGUAGAUCGCCAAGAAGUAACUAAGGAUUUUAAACCGAUCACUUCACGACUGUCAUCGAAUAUGGACAAAGGAACAAUCGAGGUGAAGGAACAGGAUGAAUUACCGAUAUUAGCACACAGAAUAUCAAGAACUGAAACUGUCAGACAGGAUGUUAGGAAAUUGAAGACUGUCACGUUAAACAGAAUGGGGAAAAUGUUCAGACACCGUUCGCAGACGCCAGUUGCAGAAAAAUCAGCUUUAGACGAUUCUAUGAGCGACGCGAUGUCGAAUGCGAACUACGGCGAAGAUCCGUCGAAGAAAGAGAGAAGUAAUUCUCUGGGCAGAAUGUUGAAACUCGUGGAUAAAGAUGGUUCACCGAAAAAACUGUUCCACCCACGUGCUGGAUCCUUGAGCCGUAUUUUGCGUCGACAUUCCCAUAAUGAGAAUAAUGACGAGAAAAAGGAUGUAGAUGACAACGCGCCUGGCAUUUUCUCAAGAAUGUUGAAUCAAUUAAGAGGUCGCCCGCACAGUGGAUCCUCGGUGAAAGGGAAUAUCGCAACCGGACGUAAAAUGAGCUCGUUACCUCCCAAAAUCCCGAUGAAUGCAAAACCAUCUAAUUUCCCAUCAAAAACAGCCGUUUCAACGCAAAUGAUGCAAACGCCGGAAUCGCUUCGGAAAUCAAUUAAUUUGGAAUAUUCUGUUUGAGAUGUGGGACAUAUGAUAUUCGGAAGCAAUUUGUAUGAUGUAUAUCAAUUUGAGAAAUAAUCAAUAAAUAUUCAUUACUUUUAUUGUUGUAGAAUUUGUAAUAGUUUAUAUGCAAUACAUGCUUAUACCAUAGAA